AUUAAUUAAUGACGUGGAUAUUUAAUUAAUUAUAAUUAACUGUCAACGCGUUUUUUCCAAAAUAAAAAUUUACCAUAAACAUAAAUUGAUCACCGACUUAAAAGAAUUUUUUUAACCGACAUACGCACAAUUUUAUUUAUUCAUACUGUAUAAUACGGAUCUUUACUUUGAAGAAGAGAGAGAAAAUUGAAGGGUCCACUAAAAUUCAAUGGAGUUUUGAAUAAAGGGCAUUUUUUUGUUUAAGCAAGAAAAAAACCAAUUCUUUUUUAUUCGUCAAAGAAUAAGGUACAUUAUUAGUUGAUAUGGGAGAAGACAGACUUUAUGUACUAGCCUUACCAUCUUAUGAACAUGUCGAAAAUCGAAAAUCUACUAGAAAUACAGAGUUGAAGAGCAAUUUAAGCGUGUCACAUGAAGAAAAAGUUGCAAGAGAACCUUCAAAUGAUCAUAUUGAUGAUACAUGUUCAGGAGUUUCAGACUUAAUUGGUGUACAUGAUGAAAUUGCAUCAAAUAGUAUGGAAAAUAAUAACAGAAGUAAUACUAAUGAUUUAAGUGGUGAUAAUAAAGUUAAUUCUGGUGAAAUAACUUCAGAAAGUUCAGCAAAUUCAUGCACUGAAGGUGGAGGUUGUACUUCAGAGAUUACUAGAAACAUUUAUGAACAUGCUAGCAUUACAGGGGGUUUAAAGAUUAGGUUUAAGAUUAAGAAGAAUUCGGAGGAAUGUAGGAGUAAUACGUCGGCCUCUGAGGCUCGAGUUUUCCUGAAUGGGACUCAUGAUGGUAUAUCUUGGACUAAUCUGAGCCUAGCUGAUAAACAUGAUGUUGAUGAGCUAAGGGGUAUUGAACGAGGUGCAUUGCCUGCAGAACGUGUAGGGAAGGGUGCGAAUCAGGAUACUACCUCAUGCAUUACAGGAUCAAAGAGGAAAAGGGUGACAUUGCCUAUAGAACGUGUAGGGAAGAGAGCGAAUCAAGAUACUACCUCACGCGUUACAGGAUCAAAGAGCAAAAGGGAGGGUGGUGGUGGAAAGAGGAAUGACAGUUUGCAUAAAGUGCUAUUCAUGCCAUAUGGACUUGCAGAUGGCGCUUAUUUGUCUUACCGUGUUAAAGGACUGAUAAUGCUUGAGGGAUACAAACAGGGUAAUGGUAUUUUCUGCAGUCAUUGCAGCAGUGUGAUUAGCCCUUCUCAGUUUGAAGCUCAUGCAGGGAUGGCUAUUCGAAAAAAGCCCUACCAACAUAUCUAUGAUGUCAAUGGGAUUACACUCCAUGACUUGGCAGUUUCUCUAGCUGAGGGACAAGAUCAAACCAAUUGGAAGAACAAUGAUGACAGCAGACUGAUACGAGCUGAUAAUUCUGAAGUUGAUUAUGUUGAUCCUUUGAGUAAGCCUAAGAAGCCACCUGUCAUCAAACUGCAACGGCGAACUGUUAAGAAAUCUGAAAUGGAUUAUAGCAGUAACUGUUCUCUAUGCUCGAAACAUGAUUAUAGUGUCAACACAUUUGAUGACAGAACUGUUAUAAUCUGUGACCAAUGUGAAAAGGAAUAUCAUGUUGGUUGCUUGAGAGGGAAUGGGCGUUGUGAUCUGAAAGAAAUUCCGAAGGAUAAGUGGUUCUGCUGUCAUGACUGUGACAGAAUUUCUGUUGCUCUGAGGGAAUGUGUUGCCAGAGGCUCACAAGUGAUUCCAUUUUCCGAAACAAGCAAAAUUAAUAGGGAUGUUGUGAAGAAACAAUCUCAUGAGGGUGCUGAUACUGAAGUACGAUGGCGUAUAGUGGGUGGGAAAUCUUGCCCUCCUGAACAUCAGCCUUUGCUGUCUAAGGCAGUUUAUCUAAUUCGGGAUUGUUUUAGUCCUAUAACUACACCAAAUGGACGUGAUCUUAUUACUUUGAUGGUCCAUGGCAGAAAUAUUUCUGGCCAGGAUUUCGGAGGAAUGUACUGUGUGUUUUUAACUGUUAAAUCAACUGUGAUUUCAGUUGGUCUUCUUAGAAUACUGGGUAAUGAAAUAGCUGAGCUUCCGAUUGUGGCAACAAGAAAGAAGUGUCAAGGAAAAGGGUACUUUCUAGCUUUAUACUCGCGCAUAGAGGAGUUGCUAUCUUCUUUGAAGGUGAAGAAAUUAGUGCUUCCAGCAGCAGAUCAUGCUAAACAUAUGUGGAUAAACAGAUUAGGUUUCAGUGAUAUGAGUGAAGAAAACUUGGCUACGUACACGAAAAUGUACCAGUUGACACAAUUUAAUGGAACAGUUAUGCUGGAGAAACAACUGGAGCAGCAGAUAGAUUGUUUAGAACCUUUUUCUGAUGCCAUGAGUCAUUAUAAUUUUCAGCUAGAACAUAUACAACCAUCCAUGACCGACAGUUCGAAGUAGGUAGCUACUUAGUUAAAUUGUUAAUUUGUUCAGAGAUGACUGAUGUAUAUAUAUGGUU